GUAAAUGUAUGUGAUUUUGUUGUAUAUGGGAUCUUUAUUUUUGUUAUUGAUUUCCUUAGUUUAUGUGUCUAGCAGUAGAAUCUUUAGAUCAAAGGAUAUACAUAUUGUAGUUACUGUGCAAAAUCAUACAUUUUUUUUUCCAGAAUGGUUGCUUAAUUUACAACUCCAUUUGUGCUAUUUGUGCUAUUAUUAUCCUUCCCAUUUUACAAAGGAGCGUAUUGAGGGCUGAAAGAGAUUAAAUGACUAAUCUAGGAUCACAUCAUAAAAUAAAUAUCCUGAGUCAGGAUUUGAAUUUAGAUAUUCCUCGGUGAAAUCCGUUCCCCUCAAUCAUUGGACCACCUAGAUAGUUUUUGGUAUUUCAACGAGAGAUGGGGAUGAUACACGUUGCGGAACAGUGCCGAAUCGGGGGAAAAUUUUGCAUAGAGAAUAUCAUUGACUAGUUCGUCCUUUUUCACUUCAGUGGUACCGGAUUCUGAUGCAAUCGAUUUCCUCUUUACAGUUGAGUAAAUUGAGACUCCGGGAAAUCGAAUGACGUGACCAAGAUCACAAAGCUUUUGCAAGACAGUCUCCCUGUGCCUCAAUUUCUUUAUCUGAAAAAUUCUGGAUUCAAAGAUUUCUUUCAGCUUUAUGUCCAAUGAGUGCUAAGAUGAGAUCUUAGAGGGGUGGAUUCUGUCAGCCACGAGUGGAGAGGGGCUGAUCAGGGAUGGGACUGAGUAGAAGGCCUGGGGGCGGGGCGAAGGCUACUUCCCAGGACCUGGAUCUAAGUUCUUCUGCUCCAGAAACGAAGCCGGAAACCAGGAAUCGAAAUCUCGGCGCUUGGCUGAUCGCGCCUACUCUCCAGUCCCGUUGUCGUCAAUAGACCUGCGCGAAGUGGAACUCACGUCAUCGCGGAGUCGCCGUCGCCGUCGUCCGGAGGAUCGAAUGCCAGACGAGUUAGCAUGGCAGAAGAAGAAAUUAGUGGAGAAGACUAUCCAACAGAAAUUCAUGACUAUCUGUCAACAUUUGAUAAUUCCCUUCGUUCUGUGGAUGAAAUGCUAAAGACUAUGAUGUCAGUUUCUAGAAAUGAGUUAUUACAAAAGUUGGACCCACUUGAACAGGCUAAGUUGGAUUUAGUUUCUGCUUAUACAUUGAAUUCAAUGUUUUGGGUUUACUUGGCCACUCAAGGAGUUAAUCCCAAGGAACAUCCAGUAAAGCAAGAAAUAGAUAGAAUAAGAAUAUAUAUGAACAGAGUCAAAGAAAUUACAGACAAGAAAAUGGCUGCCAAAUUGGAUAAAGGAGCUGCUUCAAGAUUUGUAAGGAAUGCCCUUUGGGAAGCCAAAACAGAAAAAGGAUCAAAGUCUUCAAAUAAAGGAAAAAGGAAAAAGUGAAUUUUUGUUUUUGUUUGGUCAUUAUUUAGAAAUAUUCCAUAUUAACUGUUGGCCUAUCCCUUCAAAAAUAGGCAGAAAAUGGAAGAAGAUUUUAUUGAAUUUCAACUAGAUUUUAAUAUUUGUUGGUAUGACAUUUUUCUUGGAUUUGUUUCAUAAUGUGUUCCCUUCAAUAUUUUAAUUGAUUUUUCUAGUUCUUAAAAAUUUUAAAUUUCAUAUCCAUAUUUUGCUAAGUACUAAUCUGUAAAUUAUUAUGUUUCAGCUCAGUCUUUUUUGUAAACAUAUUUGUUAUUAUACUGCCCUUAUGAAUUAGAGGAAUUCUGCAAGUGAAAUUCAGUGUUAUUAGUAUAUCUGUUUAUAAUAUAUUGUGUUAAAAAAAGGAUAAAGUGACUUAAUAUUUCUUUAUAGCACAAAUACUACCUUUUUUGUUUUUAAAAAUCAUUGAUAAUUUAAAAAUUAAUAAUUGAAAUAUUAUAUUAAAGCUUAAAAGGUCAUAUAUAGCUUACAAUUAUUUGUCUACAAUGUCCAUUUAAAAGUAAAUGAAAAUGUUAUUUAAGAAUUGAGAUUGCAUCCUGAGGGACUAGGUUUUGAGUAAAGAAUCAGAAAUUCUUUGACCGAAAGAAUCCCAUAUAUUUAUUUUCAUCACCCUCCUUUUACCAGUGAAAAUUGUAGCCCAGAAGUGUCUUGUUCCCAUUCUCUCACUCUAAAAGCUAAGGCUGUUAUCUUUAUUGUUUCAAUAACUCUUCUGAAUAGGUUUUUUUCAGUUGAUUCACAAGAUAGUCAUCCUGUUCAUAGAAACUGUAUUGUAGAGGUUCCUGUGAAUCAUUAACCAUAAUUAUUUGUUCUUGAUUCAGAAUAUUUAGGCAGCUAUUUAAGCUUUCUCUUUUUAAAGUGCUUUGUCUAUUCUUUCAGUUGUAUUUUCUUAGAUUACAUUAUGAUAAUACUUGCAAGUAUCUGUGUCAAGUAUAAUCUAAACCAGAGAGGUUAUAGCAGCCUUAUAAUUUGUCUCAUUUUGGUGGAACAUUUAUUAGUGAUAGUUCUGUAUUGAACUUUUCAAUAUUUCAUGAACUUUAAGCCCAUGAACUUUGACUGUAUAUUUCCAAUUAAUGCAAAUGUAAAAAAACCCAUGCCAUCACAUAGAGAUAUGCCAAGAACAGUAAAAUAUUUUAAUUUUUGAGAAAGAAGAUGAUAUGAUUUCUGUGUGAUUAAUUCUCCAUAUGUAACCUUGAAUAAAUGGAUUUCUUGAUUUAUAGAAACAGGUAUUGGAAAUGGUCUUAAAAUGUAAUGGAUUUUGUAAAGCAUUUUGGGCUCUUUCUAUGACACGUGAUGAGAAAAGCAUUGAUGGAGGCACAAAUUCUGUUCUGGCUAUAAUGUCAGAUAAUUUGAAGAGUGGAAGAACAUUUAUAACUGCUGCAUUCUCCACUUGCAGCCUCUAAAAUAAAAUUAUUUUCUUUAAUUUUGUGAUAAUUAUUAUCAAAUUAAAUGUAGUAUGUUUUUAUGUUGUCUAUAGCUGUUAUGUAAUGGUUAUUUCUGAAUAUUUCCUAAUUUUUAAAAUAAAAAUAAAGGAAAUUAUUUGUCAUAUAUGAAGUAAAUCAGAUAUUUAUAUAAACUCUUGCUUAAAGUUUUUUUGACCCCAACCUCCUUUUUACUUGAUAGUUAUUUUCUCAUCUACCCCUAACUUCAUUUCAACUCAUUGUUACAAAGAAAUACACUUACACAAAACUGACAUAGCAACCACAUCUGACAGUAUGUGAACAUUCCAUUUAUUUUGCUGUCUAUACCUCUGAGAGAAAAAAAAAAAUGCAUUUUUUACCUUUUUCUCUGAAACCAAGGUUAUUCAUUCCAGUUAAUCUGAAUUCAGCCACCUUUUAGUGUCAUUUUCAUUUACUAAUAUUAUAGUCAUUGUAUAUGUUAUCUUUUAUGAUGCAUUAUUAUUCCAUUGUAUUCAUAUAUUAUGUAGUUCCCCAGUCAAGGGAUACUCAUUUUGUUUUCAGUUUUCACUACCAUAACAAGGACUGCUAUAAUGGUUAAUAUCUGGGACCAUUUUUUCACUAAUAAUUGACCUUGGGAUAUAUGCCUUUUGUAGGAAUUGCUGGUUCAAAGGGUUAUUUUUCCCAUUUAAAAAAUUUUUUUGAAGUUAUUACAGUUUCUUUUGCAAGGCAAGUACAUUGCAAGUAAGUGACUUGCCAUGGAUCACACAGCUAGUAAGUGCCAAGUGUCUGAGGUUGGAUUUGAAUUCAGGUCCUCCUGACUCCAGGACCAGUGUUCUUCCAUCAUACCUCAUUAUAUGUUUUAAAAUUUUUCUGGAAAACAGUUGGGCCAAUUCACAGUUUCACCAAGUGCAUUAGUAUUCCUGUAAUUUCAUAAUCCUGUUUAUAUUGACUUUCUGUCUUUGUCAAUUGGAUUGUUGUGAAAUGAAACCUGAGUUUUAAUUUCUCCUAGAAUUAGAACAUUUUUCAUAUGGUUGUUGAUCAUUUGCAUUUUGUUUUGAAAAUAAUUUGUUCCUCUCCUUUAACCGCUUACAUGUUGAAACAUACUUGUUUAAAAAUGGAAACAUCAUAGCACUGGUAGUUUGGAAAACAGACAAUAAUUUGAUGAAUUAUCAGUAUUUUUAAUAAUAAUAAUAAAGCAUUCUACAUAUUUUCCAUUUGUUUUUAUAGCUAACAAUGUUUUUUUUGGUGUGUGUGUACACAUCUAUACAUAUAUUUACACAUCUUUUAUAUAAUGUAUAUGUAUACACGUGUAUAUACAUAUAUGUGUGUGUAUAUACACACACAGAUUUAUACACACACACACAUAUAUAUGUAUAUACACACACACAUACACACACACACACACACACACUAUACAUGCCAGCAAUCUGAUUCAUUUGAUGAAAGAAACUGUUCAUCAGCUAGAUUAUAUAUAAUUUAAUAGAUAAGUUUUAGAGAAGUUUUCUGAAAUUCAGAGAAAUUAAAUGACUUACUUGCUCAUAGUCAUACAGCCAGUUUUAGAUGUAGGAUUUGAAUCUGUCUUUCAGAAUCCAAAUUCACUAUUUGGUAACUGCUUAAUAAUGUUGCUAAUAUUGGGGAGAAACAAUUUUUUUUUUUAGUAUAAAUAGAUUUUCAGUCUUUAAUCAUGUGAACCUGAUAUUUUUCACAUAUUUAUAACCUAUAACAACAAUAACAAUUUUAUAUAACAUUUUAAAGUUUGCAAAACACUUGAAAAUUAUCUCUACAUUUUAAAAAUGGAAAUUUUGAUAUAAUAAAAAUAGCAGUUCUACUUAAAUUAAUUUACUUAUUCAGUGCCAUACCAAUCAAACUCCUAAGAAAUUAUUUUACAAAAUUCAUCUGGAAUAACAAAAGGUCAAGAAUUUCAAGAGAAUUAAUAAAAAAAAUGCAAGUGAAGGUAACCUAGCUAUACUAGACCUAAAACUAUAUUAUAAAGUAAUGGUCAUCAAAACUACUUGAUACUGGCUAGACUAGUUGAUCAGUGGAAUAGGUUACGUUCACAAGAUGCAACAGUCAUUUACUCAAAGACCCCAGCUUCUGGAAUAAGAACUCACUAUUUGACAAAAAUUGUUGGGAAAAUUGGAAAUUAGUAUGGCAGAAACGAGGCAUUGACCCACACCUAAAAUCUUAUACCAAGAUUUAAAGUCAAAAUGGGUUUAUGAUUUAGACUUAAAGAAUUAUACAAUAAUCAAAUUAGAAGAACAAAGGAUAGUCUUAUCUCUUUAAGUUCUAUAGGGAAGGAAGGAUUUGUGGCCAAAAAAGAGCUAGAGUGCAUUAUGGAAUACAAAAUGGGUAAUUUUGAUCAUAUUAAAGUUAAAAUGUUUUUGUACAAACAAAAUCAAUGCAGAAAGAUUAGAAGGGAAACAAUAAGUUGGGAAAAUUUUUUUUACAUCCAAGGGUUUUGAUAAAGGUCUAAUUUCUAAAAUAUAUAGAAUAUUGACUAUAUGACUAUAAAUUUAUAAGAAUGCACACCCUUCUCCAAUUGAUAAAUGGUCAAAGGAUACGAACAGAAAAUUUUCAGAUGAAAUUAAAACCAUUUCUAGUCAUGAAAAAAAUACUCUAAACUGCUAAAUGCAAAUUAAGACAGCUCUGAGGUGCUCCUACACACCAUGUUGGAGGGGAUGUGGGAAAAUUGGGACACUUAAUAUGUUGUUGUGGAGUUGUGAACUAAUACAACUAAUCUGGAGAGUCAUCUGGAACUAUGCUCAAAGGGCUAUUAAACUGCAUACCCUUUGAUCCAGCGAUGUCUCUACUGGGCUUAUAUCCCAAAGAGAUUAUAAAGGAAAGAAAGGGACCCACAUGUGCAAAAAUAUUUGUAAUAACCCUUUUUGUAGUGGCAAGGAACUGGAAACUGAGGGGAUGCCCAUCACUUGGGGAAUGGCUGAGUAAGUUAGGAUAUGUGAAUGUUAUGGAGUAUUAUUGUCUAUAAGAAAUGAUCAGCAGGAUGAUUUCAGAGAGGCCUGGAGUGACCUACAUGAACUGAUGCUAAGUGAAGUGAGCAGAACCAGGAGAUCAUUGUACACAGAAACAAGAAGAUAAUAUGAUGAUCAAUUCUGAUGAAUGUGGCUCUUUUCAAUACUGAGGUGGUUUAGGGCAUUUCCAAUGAUCCUGUAAUGAAGAACCAUCUGCCUCUAGAGAGAAGACUGGGAACUAGUGUGGAUUACAAUUUAGUAUUUGACUUUUUUGUUGUUUGCUUGUAUUUUACUUACUCAUUUUUUUCCUUUUUGCUCUGAUUUUUUUUUUUGUGCAGCAUGAUAAUUGUGGAAAUGUGUAGAAGAAUUGUACAUAUGUAACAUAUUUGAUUACUUGUCUAGGGGAGGGGGUGGGAAGAGGGAAGGGAGAAAAAAAUUUGGAGCACAAGUUUUCGAAAAGGUGAAUGUUGAAAACAAUCUGUUUUGAAAAUAAAAAGCUUUUUAAAAA